AAAUGUCAAAUGUAUGUCAUUGAUAUAAAAACUAGAAGAAGCAUUUAUAAAUGGUGGUGUAGAUUUUUGUUAUUUUGCUGAUGAAAAUAUAAAAUUUCUUAUUUGUAAAUUAAAUAUUCUAUCGGAAAAUAUGUCGAAACAAUUGCCACGACAAUGUGGACGCGGCGGUGUAGCUAAUUGUGGUGGUAACAGUAUUGUUGAUAAAGAUUUACGUGAUCAAUUACAUCAGGAAAUUGAAAAUAAAUCCAAGUCAUGUUCCAAUCCGACCUAUGAAUGUACAAUACCACGCAUUGAAGGCUACGACUAUUGUAUGCGACACAUUUUAAGAGAUCCUCGGGGAAACUUCCGCCAGUGUUCAUAUACCUAUUUCAAUGGAAAGAAAUGCCCAAAUGCUCUGCCAAAACAUGACUUGAAAAAGGAUCCUAAUAUGACUACGUUAUGCUUCGAGCACAAUCGACAGGUACAGUUGCAAAAGACGCAUGCCACUGUUGGUAAACUGAAGCAAGUGGAUACUAAUGAAGUGCUAUUAAAUAGUCUAUCACAUCAUUUACAUGUAGAAGAAGUGGUUGGUAAAAAUUCUGCAAAUAGUGAACAAGAUGAAGAAAUUGAUGUGGUAUCACCACAUGUAACACCAUUUGUAAACAAUGACCAAAUUCAUAAUCUGAGUGAUAUUGUCAGGACUAUGCGGAAACGUCGACGUAUUUUAGACUAUGCAUCAGACAGUACAUCCGAUGAAGAAGUUAUUUGCAUGAAUAACACGUCACGAGGGCAUGAGUGUAACGAAUCCGACAAUGAAAGUGUUGACUCUCAAGAUGAUGAUUUACUCAAACAUGCUGGCAUUUACACGCGACAAGAGGCCAUUCGUCUAUCGGAGGCUAAACUUACCAAACUUCAAGGCCUUUACAUAGAUCAAAUAAAUCGCUUACAUCAUAUUUUACGUGAAAAAAGGCGUCGGUAUUUACAUGCUAUUCGACGGGAACGAGAACAUUUAUGCAGCAUUCAUGAGCAAUUAAAAGAGACACCCAGAGAACGUGCCCUCUACGAACAAUUAAAGGCUUUAAACUCGUACCAUAGAAGACAUGGCGUAGAAGCGGUCCUUUAUAAAAAAUUCAAAGAAAAACGUAGUAGAGCGGGCGAUUCGAGUUCUGUUUCAAAACAUUCGGGUUUCACGAAGUGUAUUUUUACCGAAGGCGGUGUUAAAUGCGGUGAUCGCUCAUUGCCAUGUUGUAAAUACUGUCGCAAACAUAUUUUGGAAGACAAGAAGCAAAUACUUUUCAAAGCUUGCGAAAAAGAGAAAUCGGGUGUGGUUUGUCAGGAAGCCAUACCUUGUAUUUUCGAUGAUUCAACAUGCAUAUUACAUUUAACAAUACCACAUCAACGCCAAUACGUACAAAAGAAAUACGAAUCGGAAACUGAAGAAGAUGAAAUUGUUGAUGUUAAAACCGAAACAGUCGAGAAACCCUUGUUGGAUAUAAAAUCAUCACCCAUACUAAAUAAUGAGAUCAACGCUGUAGCUCAAGGAAGCCAAGCAACCGUGACAAAGUGAAUGAUGUAUUUUUCUUUUUCAAAAACAAACACUUUGUUGAUUUUAAAUUUAAUAAAUUUUUUACAAAUAAAACUAAAAA